AGUUCUUUGUCUGAAGUACGACAUCGAAGAGUAACAGAGGAGGAGAGAGAGAGCCUUCAUGUCUCUCGAUAUAUUGUAUGUCAAUUAAUUAUCUUCUCGUUUGAUUGACGUUGGCUUAAAAUUCCGAGGAGACUGGUGAGCUCUGCAGGAGAAUCUGCUUGCGCCUGAAUUUGUGAGCUGACCAUGACAACAACAGCCUUCUCGCAUGAGCCAGGCACUGCUAUGGAAUGCCUGAGCAUACCUAUCACCUUAGAGAAGGAGGCUGGUCUUGAUGAGCAUGGAAGACAGGUCCUAAAAUGCGGAUUCAAGAUUGGAGGUGGAAUAGACCAGGACUUCAUGAAAAGUCCACAGGGCUACACAGACAAUGGCAUUUACUGUACAGAGGUCCACGAUGGCAGUGCCGCAGCACGAGCUGGACUCCGCGUCCAUGACAAGAUCCUCCAGUGCAACGGCUAUGACUUCACAAUGGUGACACACAAGAAAGCUGUGGACUACAUCAAGAAGCACCCUGUUCUAAAUCUCCUUGUGGCCCGCAAGGGAGUUACACACUCAUAAACGUUUUCCCCUUAACAGUGUCACACUUUCCGUCAUUCCGUACACAUUAUUGUUAUUCCAUUGUUACUUCAUCGGGAGAUCACUUGACAUCUUGUGCAUUGUUCUGUUAUUCUUCCUUUUCAUUUGCUUUAUGUACAUUAGAUGUGUUACAUGUGCAAUGAUUAUCUUUUUCUGAGCUGGUGUUUUUGUUAUGCAUUCUUCUUCAAUUUUUCUGGUAGUUAUUGAAUGCACUGACUGUAAUAAUUUCAUACAUCAAGGUCACAGGUUAAUCCAUUGAUUGGGUUUGACUUUUAUAUCAUCAAGAAAUAUGUAGAAGACCUAAGAAAGUUACCUACCACUGGUAAGGUUGCAAAGAAUGCAUUACAUGUGUAAGGAAUUUUGAUGUUGCCAUGUUAAGCUGUUAAGCAAAUAAUUCUAAGUUGUUUUAAGAGGAAUAGCCUUUUCAUAUUUUAUUGAACA